GUGUAGGUCAUCUCCCUUCUGGAUGAAGCCACAGUGUUCAGGAUGCAAACUAUUAAGACUGUAGAGACCCAAGUGCCCUUUCUGAAAGAGAGCUUCUUUACCACCACUUUCAAAGGAAGGAGGAAGAGCAGCGUUACCAACCUCCUCCGUAAACAACAGCACUCACUCCUUAAUCAACAAAACCAACAACAGUGUAUUUUAGAGGAUCACCAGCAGCAUCCUCAGCUAUUUCUUCCCCUUUCAAUCGAAAAUGGACAAGGCCAGCUCACUCCGGAGCAUCAGCGGCUUGCCCGCUCAACCAGCAGCCCGUUAUGCAAGACAGCCGAGUUUACAGGAGCAGAUGGGGAUAGAAAGGAGGGGCAAAAAGAGAGGAGGGAUCAGAGAGCGAAAGAGGCUGUGCAGGGGAAGGGGGGGAAGCAAGCAGUGAGUGGUAGCAAGCCCGCGGCUGUCAGUGCCAGUCUCCUCCUCCUUUCAUCAUCAUCAUCAGCGUCACCAGGGGAGGCAGCAUCAUCCUCACAGCUGCCUUUUACUGUGGUGGGCAGACAGCGGGGAUUACGUAGCUCUGAAAGUGCUGUGACCAACAGAGGACCAGCAUCAGUAGCAUCACAGGAGGCAGCCCAGCGUGCCCAGCGUGCCCAGCGUGCCCAGCCUCGACCCCAGCAGUAUGGCCUGUUAGCCAAGGGUGUCCGCCUGCUCAAGAACAUGGGGAACCAGGAGACAAAGACCAAGAAAGGGGGAGGAAGUGGUGGAGCACCAGGGGAUGUCUCCUGUGAUGGUGAUGCUGAUGAGAUGGAAGUGGACAAAAAAUCUAAGAAGUCCCACAGCAAGAUAAGUAAAGGAGGAGGAGAACAAAGUAGUAAGAAGAAAGCAAAGUCAGAGUCAAAAGGUUCUGUUUUUUCAGGCAUCAGGAAGAGUUUAUCCAAGGCGAAAGGCUUUUCUAAGGAUGACAUGUUGGAAGAUGGGAGGUCUGCAAACUUUGGUAAAGCAGGGCUCAAACGCAGUGCAGAGGUGAGCCUGUCGACUGCUGAGAUAGGAAUGCUAUCAGAUGUCGAUGGAGAUCUAAGCUGUCACCAAUCUAUAGCGGAUGAGUUUGGCCAGAGGACAAGUUCAGGGUCAGACGCUGACCUCUACAGUUUUCACUCUGUCGCAGCUGAAAAUGAAGACUUGCUCUCUCACAUCCAGCAGGCCAUGAGAGAACAAUGUUUGGCCAGUGACAGGGCACUGGAAAGGGUAACUGGCCAUUUACCUGAAGACGGGACCUCUGAGGGGAACAAAGCCCCUGAGACGGGAAUGUUUCACCAGCAGUUUAAUAUUGAUAAGGAAGUUGGGAGUGGAAGAGUGGAUCAGGAAAUAAGUUUUGGGUAUAAGGAAGUAGAAAAUGAAAGCUGUGAUAUACCCAUAUCAAGAAAUUCUUCUGGUCCAGGGUCCUUGAGUGAGAGUGGUCCACCAUUUUCAGCCGCAGAUACUGAAAGAAGCAGUAGCAGCCUUUUCCCAAAGACUAACAGCACAUAUAGCUUCCCCGAUACUACAGCCACCACCACAUCGUAUGAGAGUGCAGAGGAGCCCCAGGAAGACCUGGAGAGCCCAGUUCUUCACCCAGGUAAUCUGGCUGCACAGAGCAAAGACACACAUAUGCCAUGUGUUCGCUUGGACCCCGUGGUGGCAGGGCCAAUGGGGGCUCACAAAAGUGCUAGCAGCAUGGAACUGUCCAUGGAGAGGGAGGAGCAAGAGGAAACUGGUAGACAGGACCUCCUGUCCCUGAAAAGAAGGAAGAGUAGUAUGUCUUUUAGCCAGCUAACAACAGAUAGUCCCCAUGUUUCUCUUCCUAGACGGACAUCCUCCAGCUCCCCCUCCACUGUCAAACUCUACCCUCCAGUCCACCCCUCAUAUGUUAAGACCACCACCAGGCAGCUCACCUCACCAAUCGGCUCCCCUAUCACCAGCCCCAAUGUGCCCAGGAAAACAGACCCUACUGUUAUUCCACUGGAAUCCAAGGGGGCCCAGGGAUUUGGGAGGAGCAAGCAAAGGUCCUGUUCCAUUGCUGGGCCCCUCACUGUGUCUGCAGAGUGGUGCGAGGAGCUGGAUGAGCAAAGAGGAAGGCAGGGUGGCGAGGCCAAUUUCCCAGAGCAGGAGACACCAGAGAAGAUUCACACAGGUGGGACAUACUGGACACUGGGCUCCAGGAGAGCACAUUAUGGUCGACAGAACUCCACAAGUGCAGUGCCCUAUCUGGAUGUCUUCUCUGGUCGGGCUCUGUUGGACAGACUGUGUAUGCUUCAUGGAGAUGGGUCUACAGAAGAGGAGGCAAAGGAGUUGUGUCACCGAAUACGGGUCCAGGGUCUGCUGCAGCCCUUCGGCGAAAGCUGCGCAGGGCUCCCGGGUGACAGCACUUCCUCAGCAGUCUUUCACGAAGAACAGCUGUACACCUGGGCAUCUGUCGGCCUGCCAGUGUCUUCCCACAUGUGGGAACUCUACGGGGGGCGGAGCACGAGCAGAGUGCAGAGCAUGAGGUCCCCUUUGACACCAGGAGCUCCACACUCUCAGACAGAGUCCAGCAGGUUGAAGUCAGGCCAGUCAUCCUCAGAGGAUGAAAGCUGUCUCGUCCCUCAACUGGAGAAGACCAUUGAUGACCUGCGGAUUAAGAUCGCUGUGUUGCAGGGCCAGCAGGCCUCCUCGGGCAGCAAGGGCAAUAUUGGUGCUCUGGGCGUUGCGCAUAACAAGGAGACGCAGUUAAGAGAGGGACGUUUGGGAAAGACGAUCCAGGAGGUGUCCGUCCAGACCUCGCCUGUGGAGGAGGGGUUUAAGUUUGACGUGCCUCGCAGCGGAGGAUCGGGCAGCGCCGUGUCCUCUGUUACUUCCUCCGUACCCAAAUCUACAGAGGGCUUUGUUUGCACAUGCCAGCAGAUGCAACAGAGCAGCACCCAUCCACCCCCACCUCCCCCUCCUCUACCCCCUCCACCUUUACCAGGCGGUGUCCCUCCUCCUCCACCCCCACCUCCCCCACCCUUACCUGGUGUUGGACCUUGUCCACCACCGCCGCCUCCUCCUCCUCCCCUUCCACCACCACCACCAGGUUUUGGACCUCCACCACCUCCACCACCUCCCCCUCUGCCUGGUAUGGGCCCUCCCCCACCACCCCCUCCACCUGGAAUGGGCCCCCCACCACCGCCACCGCCCCCAGGCUUCGGGCCUCCACCUCCACCAGGCUCCAUGCCCUCCAUGAUGGUCCAGGAAGUUGCCCCUGCCAAGGUUCUGAUAGAGCCCCCCAAGCCAAUGAAGCCACUCUACUGGACACGCAUACAGCUGCAUGCUAAAAAACAAGCUACCUCGCUGGUGUGGGAGAUAAUCGAGGAACCAAGUGUGGACUUUGAAGAGUUUGUGGAACUCUUUUCCAAAAGUGCUGUGAAGGAGAAGAAAAAGCCUAUUUCUGACACAAUCAGCAAGUCUAAGGCCAAGCAGGUGGUGAAGCUAUUGAGUAACAAGCGUUCGCAGGCGGUGGGUAUUCUGAUGUCCAGCAUCCAUCUGGAUAUGAAGGACAUCCAGAAUGCCGUCCUAAAUAUGGACAACGCUGUCGUUGAUCUGGAGACGCUGCAAGCCCUUUAUGAAAAUAGAGCUCAGGUUGAUGAGAUGGACAGCAUUAAAAAGCAUAUCAAAUCAUCCAAAGACAAGGAGGAUGCCAAGCCACUGGACAAACCUGAACAGUUUUUAUUCCAGUUAUCCCAAAUCCCCAACUUCUCUGAGCGGCUGUUCUGCAUCCUGUUUCAGUCAACUUUCCAUGAAUGUAUCACCUCAGUCCUCCGCAAAAUAGAAAUCCUUCAGAGAGUAUGCAAGAUUAUCCAGAGUGGUAAGUGUGUGUUGCAGGUGCUUGGCCUAGUGCUGGCUUUUGGCAACUUCAUGAACGGAGGUAAUCGGUCUCGAGGGCAGGCUGACGGCUUCACCUUGGACAUUCUGCCCAAACUGAAGGAUGUUAAGAGCAGUGAUAAUUCCCAGAGUCUUUUGUCCUACAUUGUUGCUUACUAUCUAAGGCACUUUGAUGAGGAUGCUGGUAGGGAGACGUCCGUCUACCCACUGCCCGAGCCCCAUGACCUUUUUCAGGCCUCCCAGUUGAAGUUUGAGGACUUUCAAAGAGAUCUGCGCAAGAUGAGGAAAGACCUCAAUGCAUGUUCGGCUGAGACAGAAAAAGUUUGCAAAUUGUCCUCUGGAGAGAACCUGCAACCCUUUAAGGACAAGAUGGACACAUUUCUUAGCCAAGCCAAAACGGAACUGGAGACCCAGGAGAAGGAGCUGGCAGACACGCAGAAGAUCUUCGGAGAGUUGAGCAUGUCCUUCUCAGUCAAACCCAAGGCAGGAGAGAAAGAGGUCUCUCCCAACACUUUCUUCUCCAUUUGGCACGAGUUUUCCACUGAUUUCAAAGACCAGUGGAAGAAGAAGAAUAAGCUGAUGUUAAAGGAACGGGUCAAAAUGGCCGAGGACUCCUUCAAACAGGCCAGAGAGAAGGCGUCCUACAAUGUGAAACCCAAACAUGCCUCUGGAAUAAAAGCAAAGCUGGGUCAGAAGAUCUGAAGCAGAAAAUGGAAAAAAUGAUCAUCAUCGAGCCUGUUGCACAAGCACUGUUUGUACAAUCUGACAUGAGUCAUCGGCCGUUUUUACAUUUAUGUGCUUCCCAUAUUUGUUGUCAAUUGAUUUAGAGCUGUUUUUAUUAUACGUUGGCUCAAAGUGGAUAUUGUAUUGUUUUUCAAAGUGGAAUUCAAAAAAUUGUAUUACUCUGCCACAUUUGAUAGUACUCGCCAGAAAUGGUGCAAAGACCUCAUUAAACUGAGACCAUUAAAAUAAUUUGAGUCAUUUGCCAGAAAAAAAGUUAAUAGGACAAUUUGUAGCGACACUGUAUCCAACCUUCCUCAGUAUUUUAUGAGCCAUAUGCAGUUUAUGUUCAAUGUCAAAGCCUACUUUGCUUGGAAGACUUGAUCACUUCCUGUUGUACUUCUUUCUUUCUCCCUUAGUGGUGGAAAGCACAGUAUUUUAUAAGAUAUCUUCUUGGUACGUACGCAUCACCUGCCAGACAGGAAGUGCCUUACCACAGAGUAGCGGUCCAAUGAGCGCUGGAGAACAAAGCUUGUGUUCUGAGACAUAUCAUCUGUGAUUAAAUGUAUCGUGUGAAGACGGAACCAGUUUCACACAGGCAUGACAUCUGCUUCUCUUAACCGUUUCAUCGAGUGGGUUUCAGAACUUAUUGGUUUUACAUGCAGCGCCUCGUUUAUUGUGGUUUCAAGUUUUUCUCAACAAAAGACGCCAUGCACACCUGACUGGUGUGAUCCGACAGAGACCUGAUAUCCUUUUACUCUGCACUAUUGUUGUUUCGCUACGUGAGUGUGUGAACUCCCACAUGCUAAUUGAGGAAUAGAAGUGAUGUGAUGUGAUGUUCAUACAAUACCAACAAUAUGUUUUGAUGGAAUACCCUGGACCAUGAAAAGAUAUUUAUUGAGUAAAAGAAAAUACAUUAAAUUCUUAUAGAA